AUGCUUCUUCAAAUUGCCUCGUGCUCGGACGUCACCCUGUUCUUUCUUAGUUGUGGGGCCCGUCUGCUUGUGCUACUAAUGAUGUUCGUGUCGUACGCCGUGCUGCCGAGGUUACUUCACACGGAGCUUAUUUUCGACACUUCUGGGCUGCUGCACAACGACACGGAGGGUCAAUGGGGGUUUCUUGACUUCCCCCGCAAUUGGGACGCUGUCCACUUCUCUCACAUAGCUAAAUACGGAUAUUCGCAUGAGAACACGUGUGUUUUUUCCCUCUUGUUCCGUUUCUCUUUCGUAUUAUGUCAUGGCUGA